GAGAGAGAGAGAGAGACAGAGAGAGACAGAGAGACAGAGAGAGAGAGACAGAGAGAGAAUGGAGGAGCGUAGCGUUGAAGCAGGAGAGGGGGAGACUGUGAGCAACAAGCAAGUGGUCCUGAGAGACUACGUGAAUGGGUUUCCGAGAGAAGAUAACAUGGAAGUGAGAAGGAAGGAGAUGAAGCUCGGAGUUCCUCAAGGAUCGAACGCAGUGGUGGUGAAGAACCUCUACUUGUCCUGCGAUCCUUACAUGCGCCUCCUGAUGGCCAAACCUCCUCAACAGAUUGCUCCUUCAUACACUCCGGACUCUCCUAUAACUGGGUCCGGGGUGGCCAAAAUUGUGGACUCGGGCAACCCAGAAUUCAAAGUGGGCGACAUAGUUUAUGGCACGACAGGAUGGGAAGAGUACAGCCUCAUCACCAAUCCUCAAGGCCUCUUCAAAAUCCAGCACACAGAUGUGCCUCUCUCUUACUACACGGGCAUUCUUGGUAUGCCAGGACUGACCGCCUAUGCUGGCUUCUACGAGGUGUUCCCUAAGAAAGGAGAGUACGUCUUUGUAUCGGCGGCGUCCGGUGCAGUUGGACAGCUUGUGGGACAGUUCGCAAAGUUGAUGGGAUGUUAUGUUGUUGGUAGCGCUGGGAGCAAAGAGAAGGUUGAUUUGUUGAAGAGCAAGUUUGGUUUCGAUGACGCAUUCAACUACAAAGAGGAAUGCGAUCUCAAUGCAGCUUUGAAGAGAUAUUUUCCUCAAGGUAUUGAUAUCUAUUUUGAGAAUGUUGGAGGGAAAACACUCGAUGCGGUGCUCCUCAACAUGAGAGUUCGGGGCCGGAUAGCUGUGUGCGGUAUGAUAUCGCAGUACAACCUUGACCCGCCCGACGGCAUCACCAACUUGAUGCAGAUCGUUUAUGGCAGGGUCCGGAUUGAGGGAUUUUCGGUUUCAGAUUACGUCGACCAAUCCAAGUUCCUGGACUUUAUGCUGCCACACAUCAGGGAAGGGAAGAUAGUAUACGUCGAAGACAUUGCCGAGGUUGAGAGUGGACCAUUUGCACUGGUCGGACUCUUUAGCGGCUGCAAUGUUGGAAAGCAGGUAGUACUAGUAGCAAGAGAAUGAGGAAGAAAACUUUGUGUCUGAUCUACUCCACUGCAAUGAGAUUAGUGUGAGAUUUUAUAGUGUUA